AUGGAAUCCCUCGACGUCGUCAUCGUCGGGGCCGGCAUCUCCGGCAUCAACGCCGCCUACCACCUGCAGGCCAACUGUCCCAACCUGAAAUUCACCAUCCUCGAGGCUCGGAGCAGUCUCGGGGGCACUUGGGAUCUCUUCCGCUAUCCCGGCAUCCGAUCCGACUCGGAUCUCUUCACCUUUGGCUUCCAGUGGCAUCCCUGGGACCAGGGGAAUCCCAUUGCCAGCGGGGCCAGCAUCAAGAAGUACCUGCAGGAGGCUGCAUCUGAACAUGGAAUCGACAAGCACAUUCGCUUCCACCACACACUGCUCGGCGCCGACUGGUCGUCCUCCGAGCAGACCUGGUCGCUGAGCAUCGACCACGAUGGCCAGGUGCAGUCCCUGACAGCGCGGUUUCUGGUGAUGGGCACCGGAUAUUAUGACUAUCACCAGCCGCUGCAGGUCGACAUCCCCAAUCUCUCCAGCUUCCGGGGCCAGACUAUCCAUCCGCAGUUCUGGCCCGAGGACCUCAACUACCGCGACAAGAAGGUCGUGAUCAUCGGCAGCGGUGCCACGGCCAUCACGCUGCUACCCGAGAUGUCUAAACAGGCGGCCUCCGUCACGAUGCUGCAGCGCUCUCCCACGUACAUCCUGUCGCUUCCCAACACCCGACGGCCCCUGCUCAGCUAUCUGCUACCCACAUCUCUCUUCCGUCGCUGGCAACGCAUCAGCUGGAUGCUCGCCUCGCGAUUCUUCUUCCUCUUCUGCCAGGCCCUACCCUCCCUGGCUCGCUGGAUCCUGAGCCGUCGCGUGCGUGGUCAAUUGCCGGCCAAUGUCCCCUUCAACCCGCACUUCUCGCCGCGCUACAACCCAUGGGACCAGCGGUUGUGUGUCUCCCCCGACGGCGACUUCUUCCAGAGUCUGCACACGGGGCGCGCCCACGUCAAGACGGACACCAUUCGCACGGUGACGGCGACGGGCAUCGAGCUGGACUCGGGCGAGACCCUGGACGCGGACAUCAUCGUCACAGCGACGGGGCUGCGUCUGCAACUCGCCGGUGGUGCCUCGAUAACCGUAGACGGCAUCCCGCAUCAUAUGCCCGAUAAGUACAUCUGGCAUGGCAUGAUGGUGCAGGAUCUGCCCAAUGCCGCCUUCGUCAUCGGAUACACCAAUGCCUCGUGGACUCUGGGCGCCGAGGCCACCGCGCGGUUUGUGAUCCGGUUGCUGCAGGAGAUGGACCGUCGUGGUGCCCGUGUCGCCGUGCCGCGCAUGACACCUCAGAGACAGAAGCAGUUGCGGCCUCGUCGUCUGCUCGGUCUCACUUCGACUUACGUGGCAGCCGCAGAGAAGAGUCUACCCAAGGCGGCGGAUCGAGGGCCCUGGUUACCCCGGGAUAAUUAUCUCGAUGAUAUCAGGUUUGCUCAGAAGGGGCGGAUUGAUGAGGAGAUGGAGUUCUUGGGGGAGAGUAAGAAGGUUCUAUAG